CUACUCACAGCCACGUGCCCUGCCGGCAGCAGAGUACACGACAGCCACAGCAACAGAAAGAAUCAUCGACUCGAGUGGUGAUGAUGGCGCGUUUCCCUGUUCACCUGCUGAUGAAGGUCACAAGCAAACAGGAGCAAUGGUGGCCGAGGUCAUCAGUGAGGAACUUGCCCAUAAGCGCUUCCUCCACUACCACGACGCAGCCGUCGACCGACUUUCUGAGGUCUGUCGCAACGCACCUGUGGUCAAGAAAGGCAAGAAGAAUGAGGGAGAGCAGCGCAAGUGCGAGGUGUGUGUCCAAGCCAAGAUGAAGAUUCGUCCGUACCUGAACAAUGCAUUCCGGCAUUCGUCACCCGGUGAUCUGGUGCACGUCGACCUGGCGCAGAUCAAGCAACUCAGCGAGAGAGGAUUCAAGUACCUGAUGGUCGUGGUGGACGACCACAGCCGUUAUGUGCAGGCCUACUUUCUCAAAAAGAAGUCCAUCGCACCGAAGGCAUUUAUGCACU